AGCAGUAUAAAACAAGAGAUAGAGGAGGAGACAGCUCUAAGACUGUUAGGAUCCUUUCCUUGACCACUCAAAGGCUUCUCUCUCUUGGUUGGAUUUUCCUUUCUCACUGCGACCAUGUGUAAGGGACUUGCAGCCCUACCUGCAACGUGCUUGAAAAGUGCAAAAGACAUAAAGCACAAGAUCGGCUUCCUGCUUCAGAAGCCCGAGCCUGUUCAGGAUCAAAAGCUUGCUAAGGAAAAAGAAAAGGAAAAGGCCACCUCAGUGAAAAGCAUCGCUCCUGUUGAUGCGGAGAAAUGGAAAACAUCAUUUAACAGCUUGAUGAAGAAUGUUGUGGGGCGAACUGCGUUUGCUGCCUUUCUGAAGUUGGAGUUCAGCCAGGAAAACAUAGAGUUCUGGGAGGCUUGCGAGGACUUCAAGAAGUUGCCUGCGAAGCAGAUGGAAGCUAAAGCCAAGCAAAUCUUCCAACUCUACGUCGAUGUCGAUUCUUCAAAAGAGGUCAAUCUGGACUCAGCGACAAGAGAAGAAACCAGAAGAAAUCUGGGAAAGUGUGACGUCACGUGUUUUGACGAAGCACAGAAUAAGAUCUUCACACUGAUGGAAAACGACUCAUACAGACGCUUUCUGAGGUCUAAACUGUUCCUAGACCUGUGCCAGUCACCCAUGGAUGAAAAACAAUGCGGCUUGGAGGGAAAAGGGAACCUUCCUGAAUUUAGCUCAUGCCUCCUGUCUCAUUGCGCUUAAGCUACGAUGUCCUUCAUGCCCUGCCAUGAGCCACAGAGAAGCACCUCUUAGGCUGACAAUGGUGGAACGAUUUCCCUCCUGCGAGGAGAGCGGUUAAUGGCUUAAGCCAGGGCUUAACGAGCUCCUCAACUACGAAGUAGAACCAACGGAUCAGGAUGCGUAUUGAUUGUUUUCUGAGCUGUGCUUUGUGGCUUUAAUUAUUUUCACAGUGUGACCACAUUAUUCAGAAAUUACAGUGCAAUGAUAAAGUAUUCUGUUUUUCAGGUAAUUUCACACUGAACAGGAAGAUAGAGAGCACAAAAGAACAUAGACAAAAUAUUCUAAAAUAUUUUGUCUAUUUUCUUCUAUUUACCUUCUAAACCUCAUCUGAUUAUGUUGUGGAAAUAAAAUAAUACAGUGACUGAGUUUACAAUUGAGUGACUGUUACAGGCUGGAGAAAAGAAGGUGAGCACAUUAUCUUUGUUUAACCCACAUGUGUGGACCAUGGUGUACACAGUACUGUCUGAAGAAUGUACGAAUACUCAUACCUACCAUCUCCCACCUUUUUGAUCAUUUUCAAUAUUGUGAAUUGUUAGUACCUUUGUUGUUUGAAGGAAAUUUCACAAUAAGAAGAAAUCUGGUCCUUGUGAUGAUUCUGGUCCUCAAACAAAUGUGAUAAGCUAUACUUACACAAUGAUGUGGUGUCAGUUUGUUCUAUAGUGCUGUGUAUUCUGAUGCUAAUUCUGUCCUUCUCAUCUUUACUUAGUAGAAUAAACGUCUGUCUGUUGUUUACA